AUGACCACCGGCCAUGAUGCCGUGGUCGCUUGCUUCGUCUGCGCGGCCGUCGCCGCCGUCUUCGUCGGAUUACGAAUCUACACGCGCUUCUGUAUCAGCCGGCAUCCCGGAUGGGAUGAUAGCAUGGUUGUCAUCGCAUUGCUCUUCGCGAUAAUACUGUGUCCCAUAUACGUUCAACAAUUGAAGUACGGUUUGGGCGAACACAUUGAUGAAAUUCCUCCGCAAAAGCUCGGGAAUCAAAUGCACUGGUUCUGGGUUUCGACAUGGAUAUACCUUACCGGCGUUGCCUUCGCAAAGAUCUCCAUCCUCGUCCAGUACAUCCGCGUGUUCGUUGGAAGGAAAACGGUCAUGGCCUCGUGGGCCACCGUGGCCUUUAUCGUCACUUGCUGUCUCGUCUGUUUCUUCGGCGGCGUUUUCGCCUGCACUCCCGUAGAGAAGUUCUGGAACCCGACCGUUCCAGGAAAGUGCAUAGACUACCUUGCUAUUUGGUACCUCCACUGCUCUAUGGCUAUCGCGACCGACCUUGCCAUUGUAAUCAUCCCGCUGCCCACAAUCUUCAAUAUGAACCUAGAGAGCAAGAAGAAAUGGAGUCUUGCCUUCACCUUUGCGCUGGGCGGAUUCGGCUGCGUCACCUCCAUCAUCCGCCUCUACUACCUCUACUUCCUCACCCACACGCGCGACGUGACGCACUACAACCCCAUCCCGGCCAUGUGGUCCGCCGUCGAGCUCGCCGUCGUCAUCGUCUGCGCCUGCCUAAUCACGCUCCACCCACUACUCGUCCGCGCCCUCAGCCCGCUGCGCCGCUUCGCUUCCUCUUACACGGGCUCCGCCGAGAGAGCCGCCCAGCACCAGCAAGAGAUCCCUUCGUACGCCAAGAACACGGUCGGCGGCGGGCCCUUGCCCUCGCCGUCGUCGAAAGUCCGUUUUUCCCGCGCCAUGACGGGGUGGGAGGGAAAUGGCAACGGACGCAACGGCGGUAACGUCAUCGUCGGCCUCGGCACCAUGCUGCUCGAGGGCUGGUCCGACGAGCGGCUCGCGCCGCUGCCGGAGGAUGUCUCGGGGGGUGGAAGAAAGAGGGAGAGUGCUGGUGUUAUCAAGGUCGAGACGACGGUCGACGUUGCGACGGAUUCGGGGAGCUUGCUGACGACGCGUGGGAGGAGCGAUGAUGGCGGGGACAGCUUGAAGAGUGGGGAUGGGGGGCCGGAGGCGGGAGAGGGGAUGGGUGGUAGUGGCAAGUGGGUGGAUGUGGAGUUGGGGAAGAUGGUAUGA